GAAGGCGGCGGUGGCGGUGGCGGCGGCGGCAGCAGCAGCGGCGAGAGAAGAGGGGAGGACGGAGGCGGCGUCGGACUGGAGCCGAGCGGCGGCGCGAGCUGCCCGGGGCGCUGUCGUGAGCUCGCCCGCCGGGCCUCCACCCCCGAGCUACACCCUGCCGUGCCCAGCUCUGCCCGCGUCCGUGCCCCCGCGGGGAGCGCGCCGGGGCUGCCCCCCGAAUGACGGGCGGAAGGUUCGACUUCGACGAUGGCGGCACCUACUGCGGCGGCUGGGAGGAGGGCAAGGCGCACGGGCAUGGCAUCUGCACGGGGCCCAAGGGCCAGGGCGAGUACUCGGGCUCCUGGUCGCACGGCUUCGAGGUGGUCGGAGGCUACACCUGGCCCAGCGGCAACACCUACCAGGGCUACUGGGCGCAGGGCAAGCGGCACGGGCUGGGGGUGGAGACGAAGGGCAAGUGGAUGUACCGGGGGGAGUGGUCACAUGGCUUCAAGGGGCGCUACGGGGUUCGGCAGAGCCUGUGCACCCCCGCUCGCUACGAGGGUACCUGGAGUAACGGGCUGCAGGACGGGUACGGCGUGGAGACCUACGGGGACGGAGGUACCUACCAGGGCCAGUGGGCCGGCGGCAUGCGGCACGGCUACGGCGUGCGCCAGAGCGUGCCCUACGGCAUGGCCACGGUGAUCCGCUCGCCGCUGCGCACGUCGCUGGCCUCGCUGCGCAGCGAGCAGAGCAACGGCAGCGUGCUCCACGACGCCGCGGCCGCCGCUGACAGCCCGGCCGGCAGCCGCGGGGGCUUCGUACUCAACUUCCAUGCCGACGCCGAGCUCGCGGGCAAGAAGAAGGGCGGCCUCUUCCGCCGGGGCUCCCUCUUGGGAAGCAUGAAACUGCGCAAGUCCGAAUCCAAGUCCUCCAUCUCCAGCAAGCGCAGCUCGGUCCGCAGCGACGCGGCCAUGAGCCGAAUCAGCUCCAGCGACGCCAACUCUACCAUCAGCUUCGGCGACGUAGAUUGUGAUUUCUGCCCGGUGGAAGACCACGUGGACGCCACCACCACGGAAACCUACAUGGGCGAGUGGAAGAACGACAAGCGCACUGGCUUCGGCAUCAGCGAGCGCUCCAACGGCAUGAAGUAUGAAGGCGAGUGGGCAAAUAACAAGAGGCACGGGUACGGCUGCACCGUGUUUCCCGACGGCUCCAAGGAAGAGGGAAAAUACAAAAAUAAUAUUCUGGUCCGGGGAAUAAGGAAGCAGCUUAUACCAAUAAGAAAUACAAAAACUAGGGAGAAGGUGGACAGAGCGAUCGAAGGCGCGCAAAGGGCAGCCGCCAUGGCGAGAACCAAAGUGGAAAUAGCAAAUUCAAGGACCGCGCACGCAAGAGCCAAAGCUGACGCCGCCGACCAGGCUGCUCUGGCCGCCCGCCAGGAGUGUGACAUCGCGAGAGCUGUGGCCAGAGAGCUGUCACCUGACUUCUACCAGCCAGGCCCAGAUUAUGUCAAACAGAGAUUUCAGGAAGGUGUAGAUGCUAAAGAAAAUCCAGAAGAAAAGGUCCCGGAAAAGCCACCUACACCAAAGGAAUCUCCUCAUUUUUAUCGCAAAGGCACGACACCCCCAGGGUCUCCCGAGGCAAGUCCCAAACAAGGCGGCUCUCCCUCCCCAGAGCCCGUGAAGAAGCAGAAUCCCAGCUCAGGGGCAAGACUCAACCAAGACAAAAGGAGUGCAGCCAAGGAGCAGGUGACGGCCACCGUCAAUAAGCCCUUGACCUCCAAGGCUCCCACGAAGGAGGUGGGAGCAGCUGUGCCCCACUCCAGGUACUCUGGCCGUCACCACGUCCCUAACCCCAGUAACGGGGAGCUGCACACUCAGUACCACGGCUACUACGUGAAACUGAACGCCCCCCAGUACCCCCCGGAGGACGUGGAGGAGGAGGAAGGGCCAAGCCAGUCUUCCUCGGCGCUGGUGCACAAGCCAUCGCCCAACAAAUGGAGUCCCCCUAAAUCUGUGACAAAACCAGUUGCCAAAGAAAGCAAAGCUGAGCCAAAAGCUAAGAAGUCUGAACUUGCUAUACCAAAGAAUCCAGCAAGCAGCGAUUCGUGCCCUUCUGUGGAAAAAGAAGCCAAUUCGGGCCCUAAUUCAAUCAUGAUUGUCCUCGUCAUGCUGUUGAAUAUUGGGUUGGCAAUUCUUUUUGUUCACUUUCUAACUUGAUUGGAAUUAGGAAAGUAGGGAGCUGGGGAAACAAACGACUGCCCGAGGAAUGUGGUCGGAGGAUUGUGUUGCUGUGGCCAUGGUUCCAGCAUUCACUCCUGUCUCAUUAGAAGAAGUAGGUAGCAGCAUCACUCACCAGUCUUAUGCCAUGACCUGCUGCUUUCUCAUCUCCUGGAACGCCCCGGGAGAGAAGGUUUCGUUGGCUUGUGCACGAUUAUGUUCAUUUCUGCUGUUUAUUUAAGUCCGACGUAUAGUCAUCUACAACACGCGGUCCUGGCUGGAUGAAGCACAUGUGUCGCAUCUCAAGGAAAAGAAACAACAGAAUGCUAGAGAAAAUGUGUUUCUUUUGAUAGCAAUACAUCAUUCUUCAUGUCGUUUAGUCUUCCUAAACCUGUAAAAGGCUAUUUAAAAUUUAGCAAUUUGAAGGCAUUACACCUACCUAAGAAUAAUUUAACUUUAAACAUUUUUAACACUACUGAGAUGAAUUAUUUACGCACUUAGGAGGUGCUAGAUUUUAAAAGCUGAAAGACAACAGAAUUCUAAGAAGUAUCGUCAAAACAUUGCAUGGAUUGCAGUAAUCGGUGUUUAAAGGAUUCAGUUUCACUGCUGACGUACUUCACCAACCAAAUAAAAUCUUGUCAGUAGCUAUGUUAAUUCCCAUGAAAGUUAAGCAAGAUGCUAUUAAUAACUGCUCUUCUUUUUUUUUUCCCCAAACUUAAAUUUUUGUUGAAUACAUUCAGGUAGAGCAUAAAGCUUUGUUAAAUCAGUGCUUCUCAAUUUUACGCCUUUCAUGUUUUUCAAAGUCCUUUUGUAAUUGUAUUUCACAUUUUAAAGGCUUAGACAAUUUUUAAGUAUCUGUCUUUUGCAGUCCUUUGUUAUUCUGACAUAAUCUGAUUUUUCUGCUGUUUUAUAAUUUAUUCUUUAUUACUCAGAAGCAUGCUUAUUUAGAGAAACUACGUGGUCUUUAUAAAAAUAAUUAUUUGAAAAGAAAAUCAGGGGAGGUAAGUUAUCUGUCCAAUCUUGGUAAGACGUUAUUGAGGAGAGGGAGCUAUUCCUAAACAUUUUCACGAUCUGCAUGGUUUAAUCAGAUUUUUACCUUAUCUGCUGCGGUUCCGAUGCAGAAGAGACAAUUCCCAUAUUAGCACAGGUGUGGACUGAAUGCUUUGUCACCUGCAGGGCAGUAACGCAGUGGUGUUUUUUGCAGAAGUACAAUAUGUUGAGAAUCCUGGGUGUGACCAAUAUGGAAUAAAGAAGAAAGCAAAAAGAGAGCAAAUAAAAAUUACAACUUGUAUAUUUAUUUAUUUUUUACAUUUUGCUUUGACUUUUAAAUUUAGGAAGUAUACGUUUUUACCCAAGAAACGUUUCAGUUCCUGCGUCAGUCUCAAUAUUCUCACUGCUCCUUCCUAACCCCAUAGCUCUUGAUGCUGGGAAAGCUGAUUUUUUAAAAAAAUUAAAUAAAAUAUUUAAUCUUAAGUGUUUAUUUCGAAUGUGUAAUGCUUUGGAAAUAAUGGGUAACAGAUAAUAAAGGAUAUGUUUAUAAAGUGAGCAUGUUGGUUCCAUUUAUAAAUGUAUGUAUGAUUUAUAAGCUUUUUUAAAAACAAAGCUCAAAUUGUUGGUAUUUUUCUAAAAUGUGCACAGCUGUAUUUUACAUGAAAGGCUCUUUCUAAUGGGUUGUUAUACUGUACUCUACAUUUUGGACAGCACAUGAAGUCUGCCAAUGUACUUAAUAAAACAUGACUUUGUUUAUUUAAAGUUUCUUGCUGUGAAAAAGAACUCCCUAACUGCGAGUUCCGUUAUUUAUAAUCCUUGAAACCAAAAUGUAUAAUGUACAGUUUUCACAACUGUAUCUGCUCUAAUAAAAAAAAAAAAAGUUGGUUAUUAAUAAAG